AUGGCAACAAGUUGUAAUAUUAGAGUAAUGUGUAGGUUUAGACCACUAAAUGAAAGGGAGAAAGCAUUAAAAGAGAAUCAAACCUGUGUUACAUUUCCUGAUGAAACACAAGUUAUAGUUUCAGGUCAACCAUUUACAUUUGAUAGAGUAUUUACACCAGAAUCAACACAAAAAGAAGUUUUUGAAUCUGUUAAAGAUACAAUUCAUGAUGUAUUACUUGGUUAUAAUGGUACACUUUUAGCAUAUGGUCAAACAGGUUCUGGUAAAACAUUUACAAUGGGAUCAGCAGCAGCAGAAUCUGAUUUUGAAAAUGUUGAGCAGUUAGGUAUUAUACCAAGGGGUAAUCAUUUAAUUUUUAAUACAAUUGCAGAAGAAAGUGAUGGAAAUGCAGAAUUUACAAUUAAAUGUUCAUAUUUAGAAAUUUAUAUGGAAAAUAUUCAAGAUUUAUUAAAUCCAAAAAAUAAUAAACAAUUGAAAAUACGUGAAUCAAAAUCACAAGGUAUAUAUGUUGAAGGAUUGACAGAGGAGUAUGUAGCAAGUGAAGAGGAUAUUAUGGAAUUGAUUCAAGUUGGUGAAUCGUCACGUUCAGUUGCAAAAACCAAUAUGAAUCAAAGAUCAUCACGUUCACAUAGUAUAUUGAUUAUAGCGAUUGAACAAAAGAGUUCAGAUGGUAGUAAGAAAAGGGGUAAAUUAAAUUUAGUGGAUUUGGCAGGCUCUGAAAAAGUUAGUAAAACUGGUGCAGAGGGUAUAGUUUUAGAACAAGCUAAAAAGAUAAACCAAUCUCUAUCAUUAUUGGGAAAUUGUAUUCAUGCAUUGACAGAUUCAAAACGUGAGCAUAUACCAUUUCGUGAUUCAAAACUCACAAGAUUAUUACAAGAUUCAUUGGGUGGUAAUACUAAAACAACAUUAUUAGUAACUGCUUCACCACAUUUUAACAAUGUUGAUGAAACUAUUUCAACACUUAAAUUUGGUGCUCGUGCAAAGUCAAUCAAAAAUAAUGUUAAAGUGAAUCAAGAGAAAAGUGCUGCCGAAUUACAAAUCAUUGUGAAUGCUCUAACAAAAGAAUUAUCAAUUUUAAAAGUUUAUUCAAUAUCUUUAGAAAAUUUAGUAAAUUAUUUUAAAUCUUCAUCAUAUCAACCUGGUAAUCCAAUACCAAAAGAAUUGGAACCAAAUAAACAAAAUUUAUUAUUAUUACAACAACAAUCAAAUAGUAGUAGUGGUGGUGGUGGUAGUGGUAGUAGUGGAGGAAGUAGUAAUGGUAGUUUAAUGAUGAAACCUAGAUCAACAACACCAACACCACCAUCAAUUAAUAGACCACAUUCAUCAGCAUCAACACAUAGACAUUCAAUUGCAAUUACUGGCACACAUAGUAAAGAGGGUAGUGGUGGUGGAUUAACAUCAUCAAUUUCAUCAUCAUCAAUUUCAUCAAUGUCAUCAUUAUCAUCAUCAAUUGAUAAUGAUUAUAAUGGUUCAUCAUUGGAUGAUAGUAAUGGUAGUAAUGGAUUAUUUAAUCCAUUGGCAAUUGUUGAAAUGUCAAUUGAAAUGGAGAAAAUGAAAGAGGAUACUCAAUUAUUGAUUGAAAAGUUUAAAGAUGAAAUAUCAGAGAUUACAAUUCAAUAUCAAUCAACUCAAGAGGAAUUAAAUCAAUGUCGUCAACAAUUGGAUCAAAUUAAAGAACAGCUUGAACAACAACGUUCACAAUUCAUUAAAGAACAAUCUCUAUUAAAAGAGAGUGAACGUAAUGCAACACUUGAUUCAACUUCAAAAGAUUUGAAAAUUCAAUCCCUAAUUAGCAAAAUUGAGGAUUUACGUCUAUUGGCCUCACAAGUUAUACAAUAUUUAGAGAGAAAAAGAUUAUCAGAUGAUUUUGAUAUUGGUAUUUUUAUGGGUUCUCAAGAUGGUGCAAAUGGUGAUUCUGCCAAUAUGUUCUCUUUAAUUUCAAACUCUAUCGAUCAAGGUACCUAUGAAGAUGAUGUAAACAUUGAGGAUAUUAUACGUUAUCUAUCAGAGGAAGAGGUUUUAACAAUGCAAGUUAAAUUACAAUUACAAAAUAAAGUUCAUCAAUUGGAACAAAAAAUUCAACAAUUGGUGUCUGAUUUAAAUACAACUGAAAUUAAUUAUAAUCAAUCAAUAUUACAAUGUCAAAAAUUUGAAUCUGAAAAUUCAUUAAUUAAACGUAAAUUUAAAUCAAUGUUUUCAUCUUCAAAUAAUAAUAAUAAUAAUAAUAACAGUCCACCAUCUUCACCUUCUUCAAAACUAUUAAUUCAAUCAUCAAAUAAUAAUAAUAAUUUUGAUUCAAAUUUAAAUUCAUCAUCAUUAUCAUCAUCAUUACCAUCAUCAAAUGGUAUUGAACAAGAUCAACAAGUUGAUCAUCAAGUUGAUCAUCAAGUUGAAAAUGAUCAUUUGGUUAAUGAUGAAGAUAAUAAAUUAUUGGAUGAAAAUUCAAAACUUAAAGAAAAUGAAUUAAAAUUAUUAUUAGAAAUAAAGAAUCUUAAAUUACAAUCUGAAAAGAGUAAUGAUGAAACUUUGAAAUGGAAAGAUGAAUUAUCAAUUAAAUCUGCACUUUAUCAAAAUCAAAUUUUAAAUCUUCAAAAUGAAAAUCAAUCAUUAUCAAAUAAAUUAAAUGUAGAGAAACAACAAAAACAAUCUUCACAAUCACAACAAAUUGAAUUUGCCACAAAAUUAAAUGAUUUAAUUAAAUCAUCAGAAGAUGAUAAAGAAUUGUAUAGAAAUGAAAAGAAUCAAAUGGAACUUGAAAUUGCAAGUUUGAAAGCAUCUUUAGAUGAAAUGGAUUUAAAGAAUAAAGAACUUCAAGAUCAAUUAAUUUCAACUCAAAGAUUAAUUGGUGCUAGAAGAGUUGUUAAAAUCGUAAGAGGUGGUGCUGAUUCUAUGAAAACUGCUUUGGCCACAAAGGAAGUUUUUGGUCAAUUCACUUUAAGAAAAACUGAAAAUAGUAAAACACUUUUUCAAUAA